GCCCUUUGUGGGGCUGCGAGCUCGGUGGAGAACUGAGAGCUCCGUCUUCUCUGCUGACGCCGCUGGCGGUGGGGCUGUCUCCAGGAGGCGGACCGGCGAACGCCCAGUGCCCGCACUCGGCUGCCUGCCGCGCCUGUCUGCGCCCGUGACAUCCUUACACGGGACGCAGUGACCGUUUUUAAAUCACAAGGGCGUGGGUCAGGCUCCCCUAGGACUUCAUGUCUGUAUAUUUCCCCAUUCACUGCCCUGACUAUCUGAGAUCGGCCAAGAUGACUGAGGUGAUGAUGAACACUCCAUCCAUGGAGGAGAUUGGCCUUAACCCCCGAAAGGAUGGCCUUUCCUACCAGAUCUUCCCGGAUCCGUCAGACUUCGACCGCUGCUGCAAACUGAAGGACCGUCUGCCCUCUAUCGUGGUGGAGCCCACAGAGGGGGAGGUGGAGAGCGGGGAGCUACGGUGGCCCCCGGAGGAGUUCUUGGUCCAGGAGGAUGAGCAGGAUAACUGUGAAGAGACAGCGAAUGAAAACAAGGAGCAGUAAAGUCCGGCCGGCGCCCCCGGGUCACACCAGCCAGCGUCUGUACCUGAACUGUGUUCUUUCCCACUGCGACGGAAGGAGAGCGUGCGCCACACUAGUUCUGAAAACGGCCAGCGAUGGCUUCCGUUUUGCACCUGCAGAUCACUGAGUUGGUUUUCUUUUCUUUUCUUUUCCUUUUUUGAGAUGUUGGGCAGCAGAGCCCUCUGCGACGACGUGCCAGGCCUUCUGAGAAAGGAAGCUGCUUAGAGCCAGGGUGGGGGUGCGGCGAGGCGGUGCAUCUUUGAGAUCUUUAUCUGAACCCAAGCAGGCUGGGGGCAGUGGUGGGAUUCCAGUGGGCUCUGGGCUGGGGGGGUGGGAUGGGGGAGGUGCAAAGCCAGCCAGGAACAUCCAGGGGUAAGAAAACGAAUAGGAGACAGAAGAGAAAAUACAUGUUGUAAAGAAAACAUAGAGCAGAGAAGUCCCGACCCCGCAGCCAUUUGCUCUAGCUGCGGGGACUUCUCGCUCCAGUUUCACACACUGUCAGCCUUCGCUUUUAUUUUGGGUGUGCUAGUCUGCUAUGGGGAGGCAGGUAAGGAGCAGUAGAACCUGGCUGCCUGCAAAGCCAGCUGGAGGUCAUGCUGGGAAAGAAAAAAAGUCUCCUAGUUCCUUCCCCACGCCCCUCCCCUCAGGCCCUGGCAGGUGCACUUGCCUGCUGUAAGCCGGAGGGUUUUUUAAGAGGCCGCACCUUUGAGCUCUCCCCUGAUUUCAUCCUUUUUGCCCGCCAGCCCUUUGGAAGUAGUGAGAGCCCUUCCCACCCUUGUUGGAAGACCGAGGUAGAUGCUUCAACACCAAGGCCUCUUUCCAGUGGCUCCCCCUAGACUUGCUCUCUCCCUGAGCCGAGGCCCAGAGCGGUGGGCUCUCCCAGGCCGGCCCUUCCCUCUCCUGCCCUCCACCCUCCUCAGCCCCAGCCACAGCCGUCAGGCCCAUGUGGCUGCCAGCCCUGCGGCAGAUUCCAGCCAGCCUGACCAGCCACAGCACCCACUACGCUGUGGGAUUUUGGCCUUUUUCUGGUGGGAGCUGAGUGGUAAGCAGAGGAGGCUUUUUCUGUUUCUUGUUGGGGGCAGAAUCUUUCAUGCAGGUCCCAAGAGCUGGCAAAGCCUGGGAAUUAUUGGAUGGCAGUGACUGGCUUUCAUGUAUUCACCUGGAACUAAAGGGUGUUGUGAAAUCCCUGGCUUCUUCCAUGGUGUUCCUGAGUGUGGGAGGAGGGUGGCAUGGGGGACACCUCCUACUUGUCCCCGGCAAGGGCACAGUUGCAUGAGAAAGCUAGCUUGGACUUAGAGCUUCUUAUCAUAGUUAAGAACCAUCUGGAGCUGCAAAGAUUGCAGAACAAACUCUUCAAACCAUCUCUGUCUCACAGCAGGACAGUGCAGCCAAGAGGUGAGUUCAAGACCCUCCCUGGGACUGAACUCGGCCAACCAAGACACCCACCAUGUCCCCUCAGGUCUCCAGUCAGUCCAGGUCGACCCCGGCCAGGACUUGCUUGUUGGGUUUUAUUUAAUACCUCCAGGUUAGUGUGGGUCUGGAGAACGCUGGGGCAGGAGGACACGUCAGCGGGGCUUGGUUCUUGGAAGCCACUGCUCACCCCCUCACCCCUCGGCCCCCACCCUCUGUGUUGCCUGCUCGUGUUGCACACACCAAUGGCAAUAACUUCUUCCAGCUCCUCAAGCAAGUGGGAGAGGCCUGCAGCCUGCCCUGCGAGGGGAUU